UCAAACACUGAGAAAUGAUUCAGUGAAUCACGACACGUGCUGCACAAACAGUGAACAUGAACGAGAACAACAAACACUAACAAACUAACUAAUCAUGUUUUCAUCAGUCAUAAAUACCUAAAUAUGAAGUCUAUUAAUUUGCAGCGUUAGUUUUUAGUGUGGGGUUUGUUUGUUUUUUGGUCUAACCGGGUCAUUAGACCAAUAGGCCUAACUGUUAAUUAUUCUCUUCUUAAAGAUGGCGUUUAAAAAAGAGGAGGAGAGUGAAGAUAUGAAGAUGGAGUUUAUUAAAGAGGAGACUGAAGACAUGAAGAUGGAGUUUAUUAAAGAGGAGGAGAGUGAAGAUAUAAAGAGUGAGUUUAUUAAAGAGGAGACUGAAGACAUGAAGAUGGAGUUUAUUAAAGAGGAGGAGACUGAAGAUAUAAAGAUUGAGCUUAUUAAAGAGGAGAGUGAAGACAUGAAGAUUGAAGAAACAUUCAGUGUGAAACAUGAAGAUACUGAGGAACAAACAGACCUAAUGGCACUGAGAGAGAUGACUCAUGAACUUAAUGAAAGGGAAGAUAAUUUAAUGACUGGAGAAAAAUCAACAAAGGUUUCCUUACAAAAAGGAGCUCAAAGUUAUUUAACCUGCCAACAGUGUGGAAAGACUUUUGAUCAACAUAGAAACCUUCAAGUCCACUUGAGAGUUCACACUAGAGAGAGAGCCUUCACUUGCCAACAAUGUGGAAAGAGUUUCAUACAUAAAAAACACCUUAAAGUUCACAUGAGAACUCACACUGGAGAGAAACCAUUCACCUGCCAGCAGUGUGGAAAGAGUUUCAGUCGAAAAGAAAACCUUAAGGGCCACAUGAUGAUUCACACUGGAGAGAAGCCUCACACCUGCACUCUGUGCGGGAAUGGCUUCACACGGGAACGAAGCCUCAGGCAACACAUGAGAACUCACACUGGAGAGAGCCCGUUCACCUGCCAACAGUGUGGAAAGAGUUUCAUUAGAAAUGAAAACCUUAAAGUCCACAUGAGAAUUCACACUGGAGAAAAGCCUUUCACCUGCCAACAGUGUGGAAAGAGUUUCAGUCAAAAAGGAAACCUUAAAGACCAUAUGACAAUUCACACUGGAGAAAAGCCUCAAUCACAGGUUUUAAUAAUGUAA